AAACCGUGUGUCUGACAGACAAACCCAGUUCAUCGAUGAACACAGACAAAGACGUGCUAUGCUGGCCUCACAAGCUAAUGUUAUGCUAGCUGUUGUUUCCUUGGUUACCGGCGCUAGCUUCUAUGUCGUUAGCUUAGCCACCUAGCAUACAUGGUCAGCUAUCAGUCUGUGCUCGAGUACACACCUUGAUCGGUUAGUUAGGAUAAACAAUACCGUAUCAUUUGUUUCGCAACCUAAUUGCAAUAACCUAAUGAUUGUGCGCCAGUUUACCUGCAGAGCUGUUUUAUUUGCUCACUUGAGAAAACCUGGGGGCAGACAAGCCAUGGCUAGACCAAGCUCAGAUCUGGCAGCAUUCAGGGAGAUUUUCUCCAAAGCCAAGAAUAUCGCCAUCAUCACUGGAGCAGGGGUGAGUGCGGAGAGCGGAGUUCCUACUUUCAGAGGAGCGGGAGGCUACUGGAGAAAAUGGGAAGCACAGGAACUGGCCUCGCCUGAGGCCUUUGCCAGAAAUCCCUCACGUGUUUGGGAGUUCUACCACUACCGGCGUGAGGUCAUGCUCACAAAAGAUCCCAAUCCCGCUCACCUGGCCAUCGCUGAGUGUGAGGAGCGUCUGAGCAAACAAGGGCGCAAGGUCACCGUCAUCACGCAGAACAUCGACGAGCUCCACCACCGAGCUGGAUCCAAAAACAUCCUGGAGAUCCACGGAAGUCUGUUUAAAACACGUUGCAUGACCUGUGGCCAUGAAGCAGCCAACUACAAGAGCCCCAUUUGCGCUGCCCUCGAGGGCAAAGGAGCUCCGGACCCGGACACACGAGAUGCCGAGAUCCCAGUCCAGAAUUUGCCCAGGUGUGAGCAGACAGGCUGUCACGGUCUCCUUAGACCAGCUGUGGUUUGGUUUGGAGAGACUCUGGAUGCUGACAUCCUCACCCGUGCAGAGAAAGUGUUGGACAGCUGUGACCUCUGCCUCGUGGUCGGUACUUCGUCUGUCGUGUAUCCUGCAGCCAUGUUUGCUCCUCAGGUGGCAGUCAGAGGCGUCCCAGUGGCCGAGUUCAACAUGGAAAACACUCCUGCCACCAUGCGCUUCAAGUUCCACUUCCACGGCCCCUGUGGGACCACCUUACCCCCCGCACUGGCGCGCCAUGAGACUGAACAAGAAUGAAAAAAAAAACACGACUCCUGGAAUGUUGGCUUCACAGAGACCGGGUUGUCUUAAACCAGAAAGGUUUACUGGUAGUGCCAAGAAAAUUGGUUUCUGUGUGACGAGCAACAGGCGUGAAGGAUGUGAAGACGAGGCCAACAAAUUAUCUGUCACACAGAUAACACGUUUAAGAAUUUGACUAUAUUAUCAAUAUGUGCACACAGCUGUAAGAGUUUGCUGAUUGAGUGGCUUCUGGUUUCUAAUCAUUAGGCUCUGAUGAGAGUAACUGAUUUAAUUGUCAUCAGGUUGCAGCAGAUAUUGUAGUAAUGCCAAAUCACCCCUAUUUGAUGUCAGCAAUGAUUUGUGAGUUUGUUUGUUGUUGGGGGUUUUUUGGGUAAAAAUGAGUUGCUGAAAAAGAAAAUGAAGACAGUGGAAAGCAAUGAUAAAUGAUUAAAUACCAUAACCAACGUCAUCACUCAUUGGGCAACGAAAGGCUUUUGAUUGCCUGACAAUAGGGGGCAGUGUUUAGCUACCUCAGCUAAAGCCUGGUGGUUGGUCUCCAACGUGGAAAAAAAACGACUCCUAAAGGAUUUUUGAGCUUUGCCUGGGAUAUGUGGGGCUUGCGUAUGUUGAUGCUGUGUGAAUUUAGAGACUGUGAGGAAUGGUGUGCAUAAUACCUUCCAGCGGCUACGAGUGUGCUCCUGUUAAAGCCGGGACAAAGGGGACUGUGUGUUACCUCAAGCA